UGCCAAAAAAAACCUCUCUCUCUCUCUCUCUCUCUCUCUCUCUCUCUCUCUCUCUCUCUCUAAUAUAGAGCAUCAACAUAUACUAAAUAAAACCCGCUCUACUAUACCUAUAUGAGGCAGCUAGGCAGCACCCUAUCUUAACCCCAUCUCCCUAUUAUCUCCAUGCCCCCCAACACUACUCUUGCACCAUUCCAAUCUCCCUUGCAUUCUUCCACAACAUUCCCAUAUUUCUAAUUCCACUACCACCAUCAUAUUCGACAACUCACAUUACCUCAAAUGGAAACAAUUCACUUUUCAUAAAUCCUACUCCUCUUGUUCUUGUUUUUGUUAUUAUUGUAACCCUUUAGGCCAUUACAUACUGAGAGAGUGAGAGAGAGGGACAGUCACACAGAAACCCUAGCUUGACCAAAAUGUGGAUGAUGGGUUACAAUGACGGUGGCCAUGGCGAUUUCAACAUGCCGGAUUCUUUCAAUGGACGGAAGCUCCGCCCUCUCGUUCCGAGGCCACUUCCAUCUGUAAACAACACAGUUUCUUCAACCAUCACAACUCCUCCUUGUCUAAACCGAUCAGCAAUUCAUGGCUCUCACGAUUUUUUUCCGCAGUAUCACCAACUCGCCGCUAUGGCUGAACAAAACAAGAGAUCGGAGUUUCUCAACACGCCCCAGGUUGUGGUGAGCUCAAGAUGGAACCCUACGCCGGAGCAGUUGAGGGCUCUUGAAGAAUUAUACAGACGAGGGACUCGAACACCGUCCGCGGAGCAGAUUCAGCACAUCACCGCUCAGCUUCGGAAAUAUGGAAAGAUAGAGGGGAAGAAUGUGUUCUAUUGGUUCCAAAACCACAAGGCCAGAGAAAGGCAGAAACGUCGCCGUCAAAUGGAAUCAUCUGCCCUCUCUGCAGAUCACGACCAGCCACUGCAAAUAUCAAUGACGUCUGCAGAUAAUCAAAAGAAAGAAGAAUCAUUAGGUGCAGGUAGGACAGAGUUUGAAGUUGAAGAGACCAAGAAUUGGGCACCCUUUACAAACUGCAGUACUACUACUCUUGCUGAGGAAUCUGUUUCAAUACAAAGGGCAGCAAAAGCAAGAAUGGCAGCAGCGGAGUGCAGGGCGGAUGGAUGGAUCCAAUUCGACGAAGAAGAAUUGCAGCAAAGAAGAAACUUUGUAGAAAGGAAUGCCACGUGGCAGAUGAUGCAGUUGUCUUGUCCUUCUCACCCUCACCCUCCCACCCACCUCAUAAACACCCCUCCUACUUGUGCUAGUACGACAACCAGAUCUAGGGCAGCAGCUACAGGAAGAACAAUGGACCAAAGUCUCAUUAAGUCUCAUGAUCUCAGCAUCUUUAUAGCACCCUACGCAUCAGAAACUGUUUUCAACAUUGAGCAAGAUCAUGGAUGUGAGGAAUCUCAAACCCUUCAACUCUUUCCGCUUCGAAGCGGUCAUGCCAAUACCAAUGAAUUAAGCAUUAGCGAAAAGGAUCAUGAGGAGCUAUCGGCUAGCUUCAGUGCUCAUCCUUACCCCUUUUUUGAGUUCCUUCCAUUAAAGAAUUAAUUAUAACUAAUUAUUAUGAAACCACUUAAUUAAUUUGCUUUGUAUGAUCAUGAAUUAAUGUAAGAUGAUGGUAUUGUUACUGGGAGGCGUUUAGAUUUUGUUA